AUGUCUUGGGACCCUAGGAUUAAUUGGACGCCACAGCAACUCUUUGACAUUGACGGGGUCACCAUUGAUCGCCCUUUGGACGAAGAAAAAUGCACCAAGGAUUUCGUCGACAGUUCUUCUGAAGUAGCAUUGGCAGUGUUCGCAAGUGAGCCUCUAUCUGAACCAAGUCAUGUGGAGGAGACAUCUGUGCUACAUGAAUGCAACGCACCAAGGACCGGCGAAUCUCAACACGCUCCAACCGAUCCGCGCAACUCAUGGGCGAGUUUCCGGGAAAUACACCGCGAAGCCUUUGCAGAGUUCCUUGCAACUGGCGUGGCGGUAUUUUUGGGACUGUCGGGCACGUUGACAGUGAGUCUGUCCUUGGACUCCCCGGUACAUUAUGGAACGUACGAGACAUCAUGUUGGUCUUGGGGUUUUGCCUGGAUGUUCGGUAUCUACCUGGGCGGCGGCGUGUCGGGCGCCCAUAUGAACCCCGCGAUAUCAAUAUCUUUAUCGCUAUUUCGGGGAUUCCCGUGGAGUCGGUGUGCCGUCUACGUCGCGGCUCAAUUCCUCUCAAGCCUGGUGGCUGGUGGGCUGGCCUACGGACUUUUCGCGGAUUCCCUGCACCACAUCGACCCGGAGUUGACAAGUGUAUCUGCUAGCUUCUUCUCGACGCCUCAGCCAUGGGUUUCACGAAAGUCAGCGAUCCUCAAUCAGGUGGUUGCUAGUGCUAUCAUGUCCAUGGCAGUACUUAGCCUCGGCGACGAUAGAAAUAACCCUCCAGCACACGGGAUGAGUGCCUUCAUCUUCGGGCUUCUGGUUACAACGUUGAAACUGACAUUGGGAUACAACGUUGGCGCCGCUCUCAACCCUGCAUCGGAUUUUGGUCCGCGGGUGAUUGCAUAUGCUAUUGGUUACCGAGACCAGGAAACUUUUGGUACACAGUGGUGGUACCAGGGACCUUGGCUCGGGACACUGGCAGGGGCUAUUUUGGGCUGUAUUAUAUAUGACGGUUUGAUCUUUAUAGGCGAUGAGUCGCCAAUCAAUCGCCAGAUGAGCGGCAGUUUACAGAGGACGCUCCGUAAAGUAUUUCGGCUACCAAAGAAUACAGAAAAUAAAGGAGGGGAGGAUAAGGAAGAAGCAUGA